AUGCCUGGAAGGGAAGAGGAAAAGCCCAAGACCUUACAGUUAUUCAAGUCCGAGCUGGCUAGUGUUCUUGAGAAUAAUGCGGCCAAACUCCUGGAGAAUCACAGUGAACAAACCGACCUUGCCUCGAGCUCGAAGCUGUCCCAGAAGAAAGCGUCCCAAAUAAGCUUGGCGAGGCUAUUCAACUCCGGCUCUCCCAGUACGCUCACAGUCCAUUCAGGCAAAUCCGACACAGCAGAAAGGAGUAGUGAGCUUAGAAUUUCUACCGAAUCACAAGAUCGCAACGGCAACCGGAAGACCUCGAAUGCGGCGCAAGUCGGUAUGAGAGACUUCCCGAAGUCGAGGAGUGUUUCUUCGUCUGACACCGAGGACUCAGAUAUAGAGUACAGCAAAUUCUCGUCCAAGGAGAGGAGCCGAUUCUUUGUCGCCUUGCCAGCUAAGACAAAGCACAGACCCAAGACACCACUGCAAACCGAAGCUUCGGUGCCCGACACUGCAGUGAAACCAGAGUCCGAGGAGAAUACGGGAACCGGGGGCACCGAAUUCGUGCGGAACGUGAUAGGCUUCGGGGCUCAAAUUCGUAAAUCCUUCUUUAGGAGGAAAGUCCAAAGAUCCGAGGAGAAAUUAGGCCCUCUCAAGCAGAUCCGGUCGGAUGACGACUCCUCAGAUUCCGAAGCUGAGGAUGUAACGAUAUUCAUGCCCCGAUUGGCAAAAGCCUCACACGCACAGCCUGGUGUGCCAGAAACCACGCCGUCCUCACACCAUUCAGACGGAGGGCCCGAACUACGGAGCGAGGCUCUAAUGAAAAAGACGAAGAAGUCCGGAUUUUUCUUCCGGAAGAACAACAAUCAGAAAACCGAGAAAGAUUGUAAGCUGCCUUCGAAUUCCGCGACGGAGGCUGUCCAGCUGCGCGGGGGCGACUCUUCGACUAAAUGCGGUGGUUGUGAAGUAGUGAGUGGGGAGGAGAAAUCUGAGAGUAGAUUCUACGUCAAUGCGGAAAUCAUUCCGAAUCGCGCCAGUGAAGACACCGAUUCUCAGGGUAAUGGCUUGAGGCAGUACUUCGAGGAGGCUCUGGCGACCGAAGACUCAGCGAGAGGUCCAAAACGUCGACAUCUCAGCUGGUUCACUCGCAAACGAAAAUCUGAAAGACCUGCAGUAGUGGCGGCGGCGGUCAAGAGCUGCACGGAUAUCGGAACCCAGUUUCCUGAAGUCGAAGAGCCCGACGUGAGCCCUGAGGACCCGGAUACCGAGGCGCACCGCGCGAUGCUCGAGAGAACUUCAAUAUCCCAGGAAUUGUUAUGGAAGGUACCUCGAGAAACGGCGGAGAUCAAAGAGCAAGACGUCCGAGGGGUGAUGUUCCAAUGCUCAUCGAGUCAUAACGAGUUUCCAGUCCACGAAUCGGAUUAUGUGCCGGGUGAUUCAGAGCUGACACUGUCGUCGUUGGACGUCACCGACAAGGUGAACGUCGUCAGCCCACCAACUUAUUACGGCUCGAAUCCGAAACCUGCCAGGAUCCCAAUAUUCAGUGCUUGUUGUCCAGCCAAAGCAACCGAUCUGAGCGUCCCAUACGUGAAAUCUGCGAUAGAGGGUGCCGAGAGUAGACCACAGAAAGUUCUGAGAGAACGUGAAGCCCGAGAGCUCAAUCCCGCAAUGGCUAUUGUGAAGACGGUCGCAAAACAGGUUGUGGUCAAAUUGCGCGAACGCGAGAGGAGAAAGAAGAAAACAGAGGCCAUUUUCUACCCGAAGACAUAUAGCACUAGUCUCCAAGGAGACACAGAGCUUAGUUUGGCUCUUGAACGAGUGAUGGUCAACAUAAUGAUUCAGGCUUUUAUUCUCGACCUUCUCGAAAUCGGUUCUAAAGUAAUUUACAUUGUGUAA